CUACCGGAUCACAAAUCAACUUCCAUAGUGCAGGGAGCAUGGGACGUCUCCAACUCGCUAUCGCCGCAGCAUUGACUGUACUAGUCACUGGCGCGAGUGCUUUUACUGUUGGUUCACCUCCGGGCUUAGCCGCUGGAACAACGGGUGGAGCCAAUGGCACCGUCGUGUACCCGAACACAAUCGAAGAAUUGAUGGGUUAUCUGAACGCGUCGGAACCGCUCGUCGUCGUGCUGAACAAGACCUUCGACUUUCGCGGUACUGAAGGUACGACAACCGAGAUCGGCUGUCGCCCUCAGGGAGCCCGCAAUUGCAUCGCCGCCAAUACUGGUUUCAAGAGUCAAGAUGUUAUCCUCACAAAUGGAAUGAACAACACGGGUGGCUGCACGAACGGCACGGAGACAAUAGUGACAUACGAUAACGCUUUUCGGUGGCGCAUGAACGUCACCAGCCAUAAGACCAUUCGUGGUAUUGGCAGACGUGGAGUCAUCAUGGGCAAGGGGAUGACACUCAAAGGCGACAACAUCAUCGUCCAAAACAUCCACAUCACCGAGCUGAACCGCCAUCUCGUCUGGGGUGGCGAUGCACUCUUCAUGGAAGGAACGAUGAACGCUACCAGGACGAUGAACAAUAUUUGGAUUGAUCACGUCAAGGUUUCCCGUGUGGGACGUCAAAUGCUCGUCGUGAACAAGGCCGGUGUCGCCACUUUGACAGUAAGUAAUUCGGACUUUGACGGAGAGACAGACUACUCGGCCUCCUGCAAUGGACGCCACUACUGGACCAUCCUGCUCUACGGCAAGAAAGUAGGUGUCAGUCUGCUCAACAAUUACGUCCACUCGACUGCAGGGCGAUCCCCUAAGGUUGGCGACAAGAAUUCCUCCGUUAUCGCACACGUCGCCAACAAUUACUGGGACAACAUCGCCAACCACUCUUUCGAGCUCGAUGGCAAUGCGUGGAUGCUUGCCGAAGGCAACUAUUUUAACAGUGUGAAGAAUCCUCUAUACAGAAAAGGACAAGGCUUUCUCUACGCUGCCACCGGAGUGGAUGAGUGUAUGGAGUAUCUGGGUCGCCCAUGCGAAGAAAACAUUCUGGUAAACAGCGGUAACUUCACUUCACGCAAUGGUACAGCGGCUCUCGAGGCGAUGAAGCCAUAUUCAGCGAUCACUAACUACUCACCGGUGAAACACAGCCAGUCGGAGCAGCAGUGGACCCAAGCGAGCGAUAUUGACAAGGUUUGGGCUCAGACCACUGGCAACUUUGGCAUCGGCAACCUCGAUUAGAUGGUGACGUGAUGUACGAAGAGAACAAGAACAAUGGAAGGUGAGAAUUAACCCAGCGCUCAAUGUUACCGACAAGCUCGAUUAGAUGGUGAUAUGGUAUUUGAGGAGAACAAGAACAAUGGAAGGUGUCACACCUUAGGUGUGUGUGUUAAAGCGCUC